AUGGAGCCCCAUGUCAUGGCGGGUCAGCUACUGCACAAGUCGGAGUGCCUGAAAACGGUGAACAUAAGUGGACUCGCCAAUGCGCUAUGGGUAAAUUUGACCUCUGCAGCGCCUUUUAAGGCCUUGUUGUCCUUUAUGGAUUUCGACCCCAGGUCCACGGGUCUGUCGGACAAGCUAACCGGCCUGCCUGACGAGCUGCUGGCCUAUAUAAUUGGAGGUAUGCCCUUGAGAACGUUGUUCAGUCUACGCAAUAUAAGCAAGCGCUUCUAUCGAUUCCUGGACGACGUCACGGUCUGGCAGAAAGCGCUGAGCUCGACGCUCGGUAUCCCGCGCUCAAGUGUGGAAACCAUACUUCUUGGGUCGUCGCCAGGAGAAGUCCGGCAGCGAGCAAUGAGGGUGCUUUUAGUCAAUGAACAAUGGCACAGGCCUCAACGCUAUCCCCGCCGAAUCCGAACCUAUCGAUGGCUAAACUUGCGGGACGUACAGAUAUUGCCGGGGGGUGAUUGGCUUGUAUGCCUAUCUACCGAUGGUACCCUGCAGCUUCGUCGGGCGGACAGGGCGCUGAGCACCGAGUUUACGAUCCCGGAGGCUGUCGACAUGUCUGGCUUUACGACGAGCAGCACCAGCGUCAAUCCUCAUGGCUCGUUCUAUGUUUUGUUCCACUGCACGCAAAGAUUGUACAUCUACGAAGUCUACGUCGUUCCUGAGCCUAUUAUGCGGUUGGUUGUCGUGACGGUAAGACGGGACUUGGGCCCUGAGGCCACCAUCCUCCGCAACGCCUCGAUUGCAGGAAAUAUCGUUGGCUUCGACUGCUUUUGGGCCGGCAGGAAUCUCCUUUGUCUGAGGACUGUUCGGCCUAAUUCUGAUGGGAAGCACGAGCAAAUCGCAUUUUUAUAUAAUAUGGCAAAUUGCACGAUCCACAUCUUGAGCCGAAGGAUCGUGAUUGUUUGUGAUGCAAGCAGCAUAGAAGUCCACAAGGUCCCGGAGCUUCGACCGAUGAGCAGUGUAACCGACCUGCAGAUUGUGGAAAGCGAAAUUAUUCUCAAGCAAAACCUUCAAAUUGUCACACCUGGCACUUUAACAGGAAGUCCCGCGGUCUGGGAUAGCUUCGACGGCGGGCAUAUCGGACCACUGAUUAUGAUCGGCCCCGGUGUUCUUCACAUCGUCCUGCCUUCCAGUGACCUGGAAUCCUACGGCUUUCGCGCUUUCCGGGUUCCAGAAAUCCUUGCACCGUUCCCGACAUCUGGGACCCGCUAUGCUCUUUGCCCUCAGUUAGAGCCAGGCCGUGGCCUAGUUUUCUGGACGGUAAAGUACCCUGUUGUGUUGCCGUUUGGAGGCGACGAUGACCCUCGAAGCUUCGAGGUGGAACCCGACUACGUCCCUGUAGGCCGAUUUGUAGUUGAUGAAAUCAAACACAUGGCGGUCGUAGCCACUCGCAUGGACGAUUGGACUGGGCGUGCGUGCAUCAUUCUGGAGGAUGGACCGAACAGCAGGUCUCUCGGAGUUCUAGACGUUGUGUAA